GAGAGAGAGAGAGAGAGAGUUGGACCGCGCGCUCUGCUCCAUCGACCCGCACAGACGCUUCUCCCGGACGUUGGCCACAGUCCCUGCCGCUGUCGGGGUGUUUUUCGGGGGUUAUGCCACAGGAGGAUCCUCGGUCUGCAUCAUGCUGCUGGGCUCUUUGGUAGUGGUUGUGAUCGGCCUGUGGGCAUCGAACGUCAGCAGAGCUUAUGUGUUUCAAGCGAGCCGGCCGGCAGAGGGAGGAGACAACCCACCGUCUCACACUAAAGUCAUCUCAGAGUGGGUCAGCUCAGCGGGCUCGUGUAAGGGGAGGUGCUUCGAGCUGGAGGAGGCCAAACCUCCGGGAUGCAGAUGUGACAAUCUGUGUAAAACCUACUACAGCUGCUGCUCGGACUUCGACGAGCACUGUCUGAAAACAGCGGGAGGCUUCGAGUGUUCGCAGGAUCGCUGUGAGGAGCAGAGGAACGACGACCAUGCCUGCCACUGCUCGGAGGACUGCCUGGACAGAGGAGACUGCUGCUCCAACUACAGAUCGCUCUGCAAAGGUGAGACCUCAUGGGUGCAGGGAGACUGUGAGGAGAUCAGGAGCGCAGAAUGUCCUGCAGGCUUCAUCCGUCCCCCCCUCAUCAUGAUGUCCGUGGACGGAUUCAGAGCCUCGUAUCUGAAGAAGGGGAAAUCUGUCAUUCCCAACAUACAAAAGCUCAGAUCGUGUGGAACUUCAGCCCCGUACAUGCGACCAGUCUACCCAUCAAAGACCUUCCCAAACCUAUACACCCUGGCCACAGGUCUUUACCCGGAGUCCCAUGGCAUUGUGGGUAACACCAUGCACGACCGAGUGUUUAACGCCACCUUCAGCCUGCGCACCCGAGAGAAGCUGAACCACCGCUGGUGGGGGGGGCAGCCGAUCUGGAUCACGGCUCAGGAGCAGGGAGUGAAAGCCGGGACUUUCUUCUGGCCUUGGGUGAUUCCUCUGGAGAGAAGGAUCCUGACCAUCCUGCGUUGGCUGCUUCUCCCCGACGACGAGAGGCCGUACGUUUACGCCGUGCACUCGGAGCAGCCCGACACCUACGGACACCGGCUGGGGCCGCUCAGCACCGAGCUGGAUAACCCUCUGAGGGAGCUGGACAACAUCAUCGGUCAGCUGAUGAACGGUCUGAAGCAGAUGAACCUGCAUCGCUGCGUCAACGUCAUCAUCGUCGGAGACCACGGUAUGGAGGAGGCUCACUGUGACCGGACUGAGUUCCUCAGCAGUUACCCUCUCAACAUCGACGAGAUCAUGCUGAUCCCCGGCUCUCUGGGCAGAAUACGACCCCGCGACCCCAAAUCCAGCACAUACGACCCCAAAGUAGUUGUUGCUAACCUCACAUGCAAAAUGCCGACUCAGCACUUCAAGCCGUACCUGAAGCAGCAUUUACCCAAGAGGCUUCACUACGCCAACAACCGCCGGAUCGAGGACGUCCACCUGCUGAUGGAGAGGAAGUGGCACAUCGCUAAGAAAAUGCCGGAGAGGCUGAGGUCUCGUUGUGGUUUCUUUGGCGACCACGGCUUCGACAACAAGAUCACCAGCAUGAGGACGAUCUUUAUGGGCCACGGGCCGAGCUUCAAGUACCAGAAGAGAGUUCCAGAGUUCGAUAACAUCGAGUUAUACAACGUCAUGUGUGACCUGCUGGGCCUGAAGCCGGCUCCGAACAACGGGACCCACGGCUCCCUGAACGACAUGUUGAAGGAGCCGCCGCACCGGCCCAGCAUGCCGGAGGAGGUGACGGAGCCGUCGCCGGCGUCCGACGCAGAGGUCACCGUGACGCACGACCUGGGCUGCAGCUGCGAUGAUGAGAACAAAGUGGAGGAGAUAAUGGAAGCGUUCAGUCCUGCACCGGAUGGAAUCUACAGCUACAACAACACACUCUUGCCGUUUGGUCGUCCGGCCGUGAUGUUCGAUUCCCACUACAGUUUACUUCAUCAUGUGGAGUUCAUCAGUGGAUACAGCAAAGAGCUGGCAAUGCCUCUGUGGACGUCAUACACACUUCCACGACAGGAGGACUUGACUCCCGUCCCGGACGUGUCCCCCGGUGCUCAGUGUGUCCGGGUCGACUCCAGAGUGUCGGCUGAUCACAGUCAGAGCUGCACCACCUACAGUCAGAACAACCACCUCACACACGGCUUCCUGUUCCCACCAGAGCUGGCGUCGUCUCCCGAGUCCAGAUACGACGCUUCGCUCAUCACCAACACGGUUCCCAUGUUCCCGGCCUUCAAGAGAAUGUGGAGCUACCUGCAGGGGGCGCUGCUGAGACGUUACGCAGAGGAGCAGAACGGCAUCAACGUGCUCGCUGGGCCCGUGUUCGACUUCAACCACGACGGCCUCCGCGACACCACGGAGACGAUUAAAGAGUCCUCCCCCGGGUCUCCGCCCGUCCCCACCCACUUCUACACGGUGGUGACGAGCUGCGAGGAGCUGAACCAGACGCUGGACGAGUGUGACGGUGCGUUCAGGGUCUUCAGCUUCCUGCUCCCCCACAGACCCGACAACAGCGAGGCCUGCAACAGCGCCGAGGACGAGUCGGCGUGGGUUGAGGACCUGCUGAAGCUCCAUACGGCCCGAGUCCGAGAUGUGGAGAUCCUGACGGGACUGGACCUCUACCGAUCCACCAACCUCACCUACACCAGCACCCUGAGCCUCAAAACCCACCUGCACACCUUUGAGAGUGACGACUAGACACACACACACAGAGACAGACACACAGACACACACACAACAGGAUUUAGCCGUUUGUAGAAGUCCUGCGUUUUCACCACAUGCUCGCUGGACGGCCAGCGCAUCGUUGUUCCACUCCUGAGGAACCGCCGGGAAGUGCUUGGAAAAGGGGGAGCACAUUUAAAAUUUGAAUUUGUUUGUUAAGUAGUAGCUUGAAGAUUAUACAGGAAUAUUUAGAACCCUCCAGGAAAUCUGAGAAUGGAUCAGCUAGCACAGGAAUGACGCAGGAUAGGGGAAUAUUCUCAUAAACUCAUAAAUACAGAUUACACAGUGCACUGCAUCCUCGGGCAGAAAGGACCGUACCAGGGCUCCAUGACUCAUAUUCCAACUAGCAUCCAUUGAUGUAGCAUUUACAAAGUAAUUAAUGUUGUUUAUAACUUAGUAUACUCGUGACACUGGUUAUAGUUUUGUCGUGGAUCACAACGUGUUUGUUGUGGUCUCAAACUAACCUUGAAAUUAGAUUCUCAUGUUGUAUGAAUAAGAACUGAAGCCUGAAAGAAAUCACAAAAUAAUAAACGUGAGUCUAGAACAAGUUUGAAUCAUUUGUGGUUAACGUGAUAAAACACAGAGAAGUUGCUGGUGUGGUUCUGUCAAGGAAAAGUUUGAAAUGUUUGGGGAAUGCACUUGUUUAUUUUUCUUGCUGAGAAGUCAAUGACUGCCUUCUCAAUUAGCUUAGCUUAGCAUAGCUUAGCAUCACUCGUUUUAACAUUGGGGCGUUGCUCGUGCAGGCGGAUGUUUUCUGCCUUUGGACCAAAGACUGUAAAUAAAGAUGGACGAUGCGUCUCCAUGUCCUCCCACAUCCAGAAAUUCAGAUAAGAUAUCACGGAUGAGAACGGCCAUCAUCUCGCACAUUUGGAACGAACGGGAUGGAGCGCCGGCUUCAAGGUUCACGACCAAUCACGGGUCAGUCUCAGCAGUCAAUCAUGAUGUUUCAGAUAACCAAUUAAAAACAAACUUGAUUAAAGCCAGAAACACGAGAAUGUAAACAUACGUCUGUGAUAAGAUCGAGCUACAUGAACAGAAAGAUCUCUAACGUCUACUUUAACUUUUUAAUUUGGUUCGUGUCCCAUCCCCUAACAUGGAGGAGGUUUAUGACCUAUUCUGCAGCCGGCCACCAUGUCGUUCAUCUUUAUUUACAAUCAAUGAAUUUGGACAGAGCCGGGCUAGCCGUUUCCCCCUGUUUCCAGUCUUUGUGCUAAGCUAAGCUAACCAUCUCCUCGCUUUAAUAUUUAACAAACACACGAUUGAUUUUAAGCAAGAGAGUAAAUAAGUGAAUGUGAUCACCGGGGUCAGAAAAUAUCCAGAGGUAAUAAAAACAGAAUAUAAAUAAUAAAUACAUUCCAUUAUUACUAGUGUCCGACCAAAGUUCUUAUGAUUGAUUUGGAAAACAAUUGUUUUGGUUCCAAAAAUAUUCUUGUGUGGCCGAAAGCGACGGAGAAGAAAAUACUGAACAACACAAACUGUGGGUCAAUAACAUAGAUGGUCAAAUACACAGAGACGUUUCCAGCAGCAGACACAUUGAAAUGUACCAAUGGAAACUUUCUUUGCCAUAAAACAAGUUCAACAACAAAUGAAAUGUUGCAGAUUAAGAAUACAAGAGAUUAGCAGUUAAUUUCUAACUAACCCUAGUGCACACAUGGUAUUUUAGACAUUAAACCCAUCAUCUAGGUGUAUAUUUUUAUCCAAUUUUUUCAUAUUUAUUGCGUAGCAUCAUGAAAGCACCAGCACCGAGUGUGACAGUGUAAUUCACUGUGAUAACAUAGAUCACUGAUGUUGUGUUGUUGUGUGUUUCACAGACGUGAUGACACUGAUGCUGCCGUAAAGGAACAUUAUUUAGUUUUAUUCUUUUACAGUUUUAAAUCCAUGACAUGAACCAGAUGUUUGAAACCUCCUCUGGUUCCAGUCUGAGCUCUGUACCCGCCUGAGCGGGGGAAGUGUGGAAAACUCACAUCUGACCCAGACGGACGUAAAGAAGGGAUUUAUAAAGAGACAAAUUCAUAACUCCUAAUAACUUUCAUUAACACAGAUCUAAAUAGAAUCAAAUACAAAGAAUAAUCACUUCUGCAAAAUGAGUGAAGCCUCAAACUGGUUCCCACAGUCGACCUCGUCUCCUCGUUCCACUUCCUGCAUUAACACGUUAAACAGAUCCCAGCAGCCAGAACCUGCACUUUGUUCAUGUUUGCUAUUUACUAACGUUUCCUUUAUGAGUUAACAUAACCAACUUUCUUGUUAAUCAGUAGAACAGAGACAAUAAUCAGUAAAAUGUCAUAAAGCUUCCUCAGAGCUCGUCAAGCUGCAGAUGAGGCCAUGUUUAUUCCUGUUGUCUUUCAAAAUAAAAGCCGUAGAGAAUUGAAAAUAA